AUGAAUAUGGACCGUAUCAGAGAUCGCGAUCAAGGAUACUUGAGCGACCAUCAGUCGAGCUUUGUAAGUGCGUCACGAUGCGCGUCGUGUAUCGGUGAAUCAGCGCGGGCGGCGUGGUAUCGUCACUCAGAUGGGUGGCGUGGUGCUCCACCCCCAGGUCCGCGGCGUUCUCCAUGGGACUCACUGCCAAGCUUACGUCACGAAGGCAGCCUUAAUGACUCAGGAUAUAGGAGUAACAGAGCUGACAGCUUUGAGCAGCGGUGAGUACUCACUUGAUCACUUCCUUUGGUAUUAAGCUAAGUCCUAAGCUUUCGUCAUCAGCCCUUUUUUUACGUUCCCAUUGCAGGGGCUCAGACCUUCCUUAUGGAUGGUUAAGGAAGACGGGCUAUGAUACUCCACGAUAGCCCAAUGCGGAUUGGAGGGUUUUAACGACUGUAAGUGCAGACGGGACUAACAGCAUAAGCUGCCUACCUUCCGAAGACCCCACCCAUUUCGUGACCGACCCUUACGAAAGUUGCUUGCCAAAAACAAUUGAGAAAUUGAAAUAAACGUUAUAAUUAUUUUAUUGAAUACUUCCGUAGCGGAGUAGCUCGUUGGUUUCAAAGCGUCGUCAUAUGGGACUGGGAUUAG